AAAAGACUCAGACGGAAGAGGACUUUUAUUUUGAUAGUGAUGAUCGCUCAUACGGCGCAACGGCGGAAGAGCGCUAGUUCUAAACAGUGCUGCACAUCAAUGCAUGUUUGUCUCGCUGUGCUGUGCAUUCUGGACACAUGAAUCGGUUUGCUGUUGAGACAAGCACCAGAUUGUGAUGCUGUGUGUUCAUGUGCGUGUGAUCAGAGGAAACCACAUCUCACACCUCUACCUGCAUUAAUCUGGGAAAACUCUCAAAUACAGCCACUCUUUCAUCUCCAUUUCUACAUGCCAUGCAACAAAGCCCAUGCAUACAGCUCUGACUUGCCUCUAUUAAAGGAGCAUCCCUCAGCCUGUGCACUGCCCUGUUAAAGGACCACUGCAACUAUUACCAUUACCCACAAUAACGCCUGCUCUGCUCUUCUUUAAGCUGUGCUCUCAUACAGAGUUUUGCUGUGUGCUACCUCUUACAUAUUGAAUGUUGGCUCUCCCCUCUGAUACAUGUUCUAUGGUGUGCCGAAUAAAAGGCUCAAGUUGAUUUAUCUCUCUGUCUGUUGUGUUCUGACCGACACCCUGGUACACUGUUAUAUCCAUACGCAACUAGCCCCCUACACUUCAGGUCAGCCUUCGCUACAUUUUAUGGUCCUUCGAGCCGGAUAACAGCUGUGCUGGGACUAUGCAGCCGAGUGAUGAAGCAUCAUGGGCCACGCCAGUCAGGCCUAAACGGCAUAUAAGACAACCAACAUACUUACAAGAUUAUGUCACCGGAGUAAAGCCACCAACAAGGUCUAGCCCAGCACCACACAGUAUGCCCCCCUUCACACCUGGAGGGGCUGAGUGGAUCCCACGGUCUCAUGUAAGAGGGACUGCAACCACUGGCACAAGAAAUGAGUUUGUCCCUGGCUCGGAUGAGAGCCUCAGAGGCACGAGCCUACCAUUGUCACAACCACAAACUUCCACGCCCUGUAAUGAAGCGCGUUACACUGAUGAUGAAAGAGACUACAGUCAGUGGUAUGAAGGAAGUCAGCAGGACUGUUAUGACAAUUCAACAGAGGUCAGGAGGCAGACGCCACAACAAUGGACCACCUCUACCAAAGCUCAGAGAUUAGAACAGCAGAAAUCGUACACAGAUCGGUGGCCCAUUCCCCCUCCUGCAAUGACAGAUGACUACUCAGCUAUGGAUGAAGAUGAGUACUAUAGAGAUCCACCGCCUCCGCCAUGGCCCACUGCUGAGUACCCUCCUAUGCCCAGGAGGGACCAAGAGGAGCACAGAGUCAUCACCAUCAUAGACAGGAUGAUGAAAGAGCUACAGCUCAUGAGAAAUCAAACAGUACUUAGCACCCCAGCUCACGCUCGCCAGCACUCUGCCCCACAAGACUCUUCUCAGUACAAAGAAAGCAGGGCUCCAGGUUAUGCUCAGCCUCGUCCUCAAAGGUCAGAAUAUCACUUACCUACAACCAAUACUGGAGUUCGAUCCUAUGCUCAGUUUCCUGCCCAGGCCGACACGAGCCCCCCUCACUGCUCAUCAGGCCUACCAUACUCACCUGGAUCCAUGUCACUGGGUCGAGUACAAUACCAGGGACCAGCACCAAGGAUCCCCCUCUUCGUCCAUAAGGACCCGAUGGAGUUCUCCAGGCUUAAACUGGCUCUAACAAACCUGCUACCUGCUGAUGCCCCUGAGCUCUAUAAGUACCAGAUUCUUGUGGAUCAUGUGAAACUUGAGGAUGCCUGUCUCAUCGCCGACUCCUUUAUUAACUCACCCCUGCCUUACACAGACACAAUGGCAGCCCUGACAGAGAAGUUUGGCCAACCACAUCAUGUAGCCUUAAAGAGGAUUGCAUCCAUCAUGGACACGCCUGAGAUCAAGAGAGGAGAUGUAACUGCUUUUGAAAAGUUCUCACUGAAUGUGCAGUCACUGGUGGGCAUGCUACAGACGUUGGGACCAGACGGUGAUGUGGAGCUGAGAUGUGGCUCUCAUGUGGCUCGGCUUCUCACUAAGCUUCCUACGGAGAUGAGAGCAAACUUCAGACGACAGAUGUUGCAUGGUCCUGGGCAUACUCAUACUUUACGAGAUUUAGCAGAAUGGCUAAGACAUGAGUCCUGGUGUCAAGGCUAUGACAACCUCUCUGAUGUCUAUACCGCCACAGGGCCCACAGGCUACAGAGCAGAGAAGCGGCGCAGCCGGCCGGCAGCUACCGUACUUCAUGGUGCAGAGGGUCGUGUACCUGGUCAGACGGGGAAGCAAGAGAGUCACAGCUCAUUUAAACCAACAAAGAAAGGCAAGGCGAACCCGUAUUGCCCUUAUUGCGAGAACAACGACCACUUCCUAAAUAAGUGUCCUGAAAUUCAGAAACUCAGCAGAGAGGAAAUCAGAGAGUGGAUAAGAGUAAACAAGAGAUGCUGGAAAUGUGGGCGAGCCCAUCAGGCAGCCCAGUGUGACCUCAAGAGGCUCUGCGACUUGUGUCAGGAGAGGCACCUAAGGAUACUGCACGAUGCCAACAUGCGUCCCAGGGUAGAGCCGCCGAAGACUGAGAGUUGCCUGGUAAGCUCUGGAGCAGACAUACUCUACCUGGACAGACCAUCGGUGCAUUCACGUGUUCUGCUGAAAGUCGUCAGGGUUCUUCUGCGCAACAGAGACAAGACACUAGACACGUAUGCUGUUCUAGACGACGGCUCCGAGCGAACAAUGCUCCUCGCCGAGGCUGCUCACAAACUAGGCCUACAAAGAAAGCCUGAGGACCUGGCUCUCCGCACAAUCAGACAUGAGGUUCAAACUCUGAAGGGAUCCUCUGUCUCAUUCAGUAUCUCCACCCCUUACUGUCCUAAGAGGACCUUUCGUAUUGCAGACGCCUUUACCUCCCCAUGCUUGGCUCUGGCAGAUCACACUUACCCCAUUGCUCGACUGAAGAAAGGGUACAAGCAUCUGGCAGAUAUUCCCCUCGAGCCCUUAGAGCAUGUGAAGCCACUCAUACUUAUAGGUGCGGAUCACCCCCAUCUCCUAACACCAAUCGAGCCGGUGAUACUUGGCCCACCAGGAGGACCAGCAGCUGUUCACACAAGGCUGGGAUGGACCCUACAAGGACCUGCUCAUCUCAUGCAGUGUACAACGAGUACCAGGCAGUGUCUUUUCACCAGUAUCUCCCCUCAGACAGAGCUGGCACAGAAUGUAGAAAGGCUUUGGAAGAUGGACGUGCUGCCCUACCAAAACAGCAAAGUGGUUGUACGUUCAAGGCAAGAUACGGAAGCAGUGGAGAUCCUUGAGAAUAAGACGAGACGAGUAAAUGUUGCAGGCGUUCUCAGGUACGCAACCCCACUGCUGAGGAAACGGGAACAUCCCUCCCUCAGAGCACCAAAAGAGGCCAUCCUAUCAAGUCUCAGAAGCCUGGAAAGGCGGCUGGAAAAGAACCCCCAACGGGCUAGCGAGUACUGUGAGGCAAUUCACAAGCUGGUGGAGACAGGAGCUGUCAGAAAGGUGGAUCCACAGGAAGCCCCACUCACGGAGGAAUCGUGGUACAUACCCCACCACCUAGUGAGCCAUAAUGAGAAAAGUCGUCUGGUCUUCAACUGUUCAUACCAGUUCCAGGGUCGAAGCCUGAAUGACGCUCUUCUUCCAGGACCUACACUUGGACCCUCUUUGCUUGGAGUCCUGCUGCGCUUCAGGGAGCAUGCGGUGGCAGUCAGUGGAGAUAUUCGCAGUAUGUUCCACCAAGUUCGGCUCCUCCCAGAAGACUGUUCGCUUCUUAGAUUCCUCUGGAGGAACAUGAAGCGAGACCAACCCCCAGACAUCUUUGAGUGGCAGGUUCUGCCUUUCGGCACUGCAUGUUCACCUUGUUGCGCCAUCUUUGCUCUCCAGAAGCAUGCAAGAGAACAUGGUGGACCAGACGAAAGGGUCAGGAAUUCGGUGGAGCAGUGUUUCUACGUGGACAACUGUCUUCAGAGUGUGCCCACAGCAGAAGAGGCUAGAGAGCUGGUGGAUCAGAUCAGGGAAGUCUUGGCUGCAGGAGGAUUCGAGAUCCGCCAAUGGGCCUGCAAUGUUCCCGACGUCCUUAAGCACCUACCUGGAGAAGCAAGGUCUGACGGGAUGGAGAGGUGGCUGUCACACAAUGAGUCUGGCAUGGCAGAACCAACCCUUGGACUCAGCUGGCACUGGGAAACAGACACCUUAGGCUACAAGAGCCGGCCCCUGGACUAUGGAUCGUUAACCAUGAGAAACGUCUAUAAGGUGCUGGCCCGGCAAUACGAUCCGCUGGGGUUCAUCUCGCCCUUCACAACUCGUGCUAAGCUGAUUGUCCAGAGCAUGUGGGAUGGACCGCGAGAUUGGGAUGACCCAAUUAUUCCUCCAGAUUUGCAGAAAGCGUGGAUGGAAUGGGAGUCGGAGUUACCUCUGCUGUCACGCAUCACCCUUCCACGUCCAUAUGCUCCAGCUCAUACAGAACAGAGCGUGGUCUCUAGACAAAUCCAUGUCUUCAGUGAUGCCUCCGAAAAGGCUUAUGGGGCUGUAUCUUAUCUGAGAACUGAAGAUGGGGAGGGACGAGUUUACCUAGGGUUCCUAGCAGCAAGAUCCAGGGUGGCCCCCAGACGGCAAUGCUCAAUCCCCCGCCUCGAACUCUGUGGCGCCUUGUCGGCUGCUCAGCUUGCACAGACAAUCGAAAAGGAACUGAGCAUCAAGACAGAUCGGACGAUUCUCUGGAGUGACUCCACAACGGUGCUUACUUGGUUGAAAUCAGAGUCAUGCCGCUUCAAGGUCUUCGUUGGCACUCGUAUAGCGGAAAUUCAGGAGCUUACAGAGCAGAGUGAGUGGCGUUACGUAGACUCAGCGCAGAACCCAGCUGACGAUGUCACCCGAGGGAAGACCUUAGCAGAGCUGGCUAUGCCUAAUCGUUGGAGCCAAGGGCCAACUUUCCUUCUCAAGGAACCCGAUAAAUGGCCAUCCUGGCCGUGCAGUGAAACCACCCAGGAUCUGUCGGAGUAUAAGAAGGUGACAACUUGCGGGGUGAUGAACCGUGCAGAUCGACCCGAUACCUUACCAGUGCGCUCCUAUCUGACAUGGAAGGACAUGGUGAAGUCUGUAGCUCAGCAGUCUCAUGGGGCGGCAAACCAGGAGCCCUUGACUGCAGCCGACUACAAGAAAGCAGAGAUGACGAUCUUCAGGAAAGUCCAGUCUGAGUGUUUCCCAGAGGAGAUGCAUCACCUAAAGGCAGGCAAGGCACUUCUCAAGAGUAGCCGUAUCCUUAGCCUCUCACCGGAGCUAGAUCCUGACGAGGACAUUAUACGGGUAGGAGGAAGACUCAGACGUGCUGAGGAGUUAGAUCCUUCUUUCAAGCAUCCCAUUGUGCUGGACCCCUCUCAUUCAGCUACAAAGCUCCUUAUACAGGAUUAUGAUUCCCGUCUCUGUCAUCCGGGCUCAGAGCGAGUAUUUGCAGAGUUGCGCCGUACCUUUUGGGUUCUUCGUGGCAGAGAGGCCAUUCGGAAAGUGCAACAUCAAUGUGAAGAGUGCCGGAGGUGGAAGUCCAAGCCGAGUAUUCCAAAGAUGUCCGACCUACCUGCAGCCCGUCUACGACUACACAAGCCCCCGUUCUUCUCUACGGGUGUCGACUGCUUCGGACCUUUCCAUGUCAAGUUGGGACGGCGUUCGGAAAAGAGAUGGGGGAUUAUCUAUAAGUGCCUCACCACCCGUGCAGUGCACCUGGAUAUCCUACACAGUAUGGAUGUGGAUUCAUUCUUAAUGAGCCUCAGACGGUUUGUUGCACGCAGAGGAAAUCCAGCAGAGCUUUAUUCAGACCAGGGGACAAACUUUCGAGCUGGCGAAAAGGAGCUCUAUGAGUCCUUUAAUAGCAUGUCCUCAGAUCUCCAACGAAUUCUGGCUGCGCAGAAGAUUGACUUUCGCUUCAACCCCCCUGCAGCUCCUCACUUCGGGGGGACGUGGGAGAGAGAGAUCAAGUCUGUAAAGUCCGCUUUGAAUACCGUUAUAGGAGCUCAAUCCAUCUCUGAAGAGGUGCUUCAUACGACUCUACUGGAGGUUGAGGCCAUCUUAAAUGCCAAACCGUUAGGUUACACCUCAUCUGAUGUGGCUGACUUGGAUGCAGUAACCCCAAAUGUUCUUCUGAUGGGGCGGCUUGACGGAUCACUGCCACCCGUGGUGUAUCAGAAGAGUGAGAAACUAAGUAAGCGAAGGUGGAGGCACUGUCAAGUUAUGGCCGACCAUUUCUGGUCAAGAUUCAUCCGGGAUUACUUACCAUCCUUGCAGAAAAGAGGGAAGUGGCAUGACACCCCUUUGGAUCUUACAGUGGAUUCAGUUGUGUUGCUGAUGGACCCCCAGUUUCCCAGGGCUCUCUGGCCGGUUGGCAGAGUGGUUAAAGUGCAUCAAAGUGCGGAUGGUCACGUGAGGUCUGCAGACGUGCAAGUCAAGGAUAAGAUCUACACUCGUCCAGUGGCCAGACUUAUCACGCUUCCUGUGAUCUCUGAUGACGAUGAUAUUCAUGGUGCCAAACCCUCUUCAGAUUAGGAAUGAGUCUUUGCAGGAACAAAUUGCAAGCAAUUUGGGGGCGGCUGUGCAAAAGACUCAGACGGAAGAGGACUUUUAUUUUGAUAGUGAUGAUCGCUCAUAUGGCGCAACGGCGGGAGAGCGCUAGUUCUAAACAGUGCUGCACAUCAAUGCAUGUUUGUCUCGCUGUGCUGUGCAUUCUGGACACAUGAAUCGGUUUGCUGUUGAGACAAGCACCAGAUUGUGUUGUGGUGUGUUCAUGUGCGUGUGAUCAGAGGAAACCACAUCUCACACCUCUACCUGCAUUAAUCUGGGAAAACUCUCAAAUACAGCCACUCUUUCAUCUCCAUUUCUACAUGCCAUGCAACAAAGCCCAUGCAUACAGCUCUGACUUGCCUCUAUUAAAGGAGCAUCCCUCAGCCUGUGCACUGCCCUGUUAAAGGACCACUGCAACCAUUACCAUUACCCACAUCAAGGCCCGCUCUGCUCUUCUUUAAGCUGUGCUCUCAUCCAGAGUUUUGCUGUGUGCUACCUCUUACAUAUUGAAUGUUGGCUCUCCCCUCUGAUACAUGUUCUAUGGUGUGCCGAAUAAAAGGCUCAAGUUGA